CUGAACCAUUCAGCCUGCUGAUAGACUUCAGUUCACAGGAAGGACUGACUGGGGUUAUAUAACAGCUUGACUGCACAGGCAGACCCAGACCUAGCAGGGAGACACACACACAGUUUAGUCUGAGGUCCAGCCCCCUCUCAGUAGCACUCAGUGCCAGACCUCAGGGAGGUAGUGUGCUUCUCACAAAACAGCUUGUGUAACUGAGCAGAGAGGCAUGGGCUGGGGGAAGAGUGUUCCUGUGCUGAAGCUGGGGCAGGGUCUGAGGCCGGGCCUGAGGCUGGGGCUGGGGCCGGGGCAGGGGCUUAGGCUGGGACUGCUGAUUCUGCUGUGCUGCCUUGCCCUGUGUCCAGCGCCUGUCCAGGGGGAUAAGGUCCUGGUGAUGCCUGUAGACGGGAGCCACUGGCUGAGCAUGAAGCUGCUGGUGAAGGAGCUGGCGGCCAGGGGCCAUGAAAUGGUGGUGCUGAUCCCUGAGACAUCCAUCCUCAUCCAGGGCUCCGACUACUACAGGACUGAGACCUUCAGGGUCCCCUACAGCAAGGCACAGCUGGACAAGAACAUCAACAAACUGAAGGACGCUGCGUUCGUCAAGGCCCCGGAUGUAACCGACAUAUUUGUGAACGUGCAGCACCUGGUUGACUUCACCACCAUGCAGGUGAAAGGCUGUGAGGGUCUGCUGUAUGACGAGCCCCUGAUGCAGCGACUGAGUGGAGAAAUAUUCCAGCUGAUGCUGACCGACCCCUUCCUACCCUGUGGAUCCAUCAUCGCUGACUCCUUCAACAUCCCAGCGGUGUACUUCCUGAGGGGGAUCCCCUGUGGGCUGGAUGAGAGGGCUGCACAGUGCCCCACUCCCCUAUCCUACGUACCACGCUUCUUCUCUGGCAACACUGACCACAUGGACUUCCUAGGGAGGGUUAAGAACAUGCUCAUGUACAGUCUGGAGAGCUACCUGUGUACGGUAAUGUUUGCCAGCUUUGACGAGCUGACCAGUAGGUACCUGGAUAAGGACAUGACGUACAGGGAUCUGCUGGGUCACGGGGCGAUCUGGCUGCUGAGGUAUGACUUCUCCUUUGAGUAUCCCAAACCCAGGAUGCCCAACAUGGUCAACAUUGGAGGCAUAAACUGUGGUAAAAGAGCUCCACUCCCAGUGGACCUGCAGGAGUUUGUGGAUGAGUCAGGAGAGGAUGGCUUCGUGGUCUUUACCCUGGGCUCUAUGGUCUCUCAGAUGCCGGAGGAGAAAGCCAAGCAGUUCUUUGAUGCCUUCAGCAGGAUCCCUCAGAGGGUGGUGUGGCGGUACACAGGAGUGGUGCCUGAGAAUGCUCCAGACAACGUCAGAUUGAUGAAGUGGCUUCCUCAGAAUGAUCUGCUGGGCCACCCCAAAGUCAAGGCCUUCAUCACCCACGGAGGAACCCACGGUCUCUACGAGGGGAUCUGUAACAGUGUUCCCAUGGUGAUGCUGCCGUUGUUCGGUGACCAGGGUGACAACAUACACCGCAUGGCAGUGAGGGGUGUCGGGGAGGUGCUCAAUAUGUUCGAUGUCACCUCAGACAAACUGGUGGAGGCCCUCAACAAGGUCAUCAACGACAAGAGUUACAAGGAGAAGAUGCUGAAGCUGUCAGCGGUGCAUAAGGACCGUCCCAUCGAGCCCCUGGACCUGGCUGUGUUCUGGGUGGAGUUUGUGAUGCGCCACAGCGGAGCAGAACACCUGAGACCCGCCGCUCACGACCUCAACUGGAUCCAGUACCACAGUCUGGAUGUGUUCACUCUGCUACUCACUAUAGUUCUCAUUGUUGUCAUGGUCACCAUUAAAUGCUGCAAAGUCUGCUUCCACAAGUGCUGUGGAACGAAGAGGACUAUGAAGAGGAAGAGUGAGUGAAUGUCCUUCCUGUGGCCUAAACCGGGAUUCAAUCUGAGGCUCAUUGUAGAGCGCUGUCGGCAAUAAUGUGCCUUGUAAAGGCAAGGUCCUGCGUUUUGCUGAGAUCGCAUUCACGGUAAACGCUGCAGAUGUCGGCUCAAUCAGAAAGUACCUUCAAAUGUCAAGCGCGCUACAAUGCGCCAUGGAUUGAAUCCCAGCCCAAGCCAUCAGGCGCUAGAGUCCAGGGUAACUAUACUGCCCCCUCUAGGCCCUGUGUAUAUCAGGGAGUGAAUAGGCUACUGUAGGUUGAAGGAAAUGAAUGCCUGACAGAGAUUUGCCAUUUUGAUGUUGGUUUGAUUUGAUAUCUCAGGAUAAUGUCAAAGUAACUUCAUGCAUCUGUUGUCAAUAAGGCCUGAUGCAUGCCACCAGCAAGACAGUCUCAUUCCACCACAGGGGGUUGGUGGCACCUUAACUGGUGGUAAUGGCUGGAGCGGUAUGAGUGGAAUGGUAUCAAAUACACUAAAUACAUGGUUUCCAUGUGUUUGAAGCCAUUUCAUUCGCUCCAUUACAGCCAUUAUUAUGAGGCAUCCUCCCCUCAGCAGCCUCCUGUGUAUUCCACAGUCAGCCACUGUGCCUUUGGUGUGACUCCAGAACUGUUGGCCUGUCUAGUUAAGCAUGUGUGAUGCUAAUUCAAGAUCCUGUUUAGUAAAAAGCAUGAGCUGACGCACACCCACAUUUUUUUGUAGAGAUGCUAACCAACAAAGAUUAAACUCUGUAAAAAUAAAGAAAGUUGCACAGUCA